AUGGGAAAACUAGUCAAUCUCGUGAACGUAAAUAUUUCCUUCAACUUCCAAAAAGGACCCAUUCCAGCUACCCUAGGAACCCUAACCAACUUGUCUACUUUGUACCUUUACCAAAACAAUCUUUCGGGUCCAAUCCCACCUUCGUUAGGAAAUCUGACCUCCUUAACGAUCCUGUCUGUAUAUAUGAACGAACUUUCGGGUCGAAUUCCAGACGACUUAGGAAAAAUGAAGUCCCUAAUUGUGUUAAUGAUAGGCCAUAAUAAGUUCACUGGUUCCAUUCCUGUUUCACUUAGCAACCUGACCAAGUUAGAGAUCCUCGAUGUUCAUGAAAACUUGCUUUCGGGAUUCAUCCCACCACAACUCGAAAAACUGGAUUCACUGAUUGAACUUUCGUUCAGCCACAACAAGUUUAGUGGUCAAAUCCCGGCUUCACUUGGAAACCUUAGCAAGUUGGAACAGUUGUACCUUAAUGACAACCUGCUAACUGGUUUCAUUCCUGAAGAGUUGGGGAACAUGAACUCUCUUGUUGAGAUUUACGUGGUCGAGAAUCGGCUCCAAGGUCAAAUCCCAUAUUCAAUCGGCAACCUCAGAAAUUUGGAGAUAUUUGUGCUUCAUGACAACCAAUUUUCGGGUUUUUUCCCAGAAACGAUAAGCCGUUGUGAAAAACUGAGAUAUUUGACUUUAAGUAAUAACUCGGUCAUGGGUUCAGUCCCUCAAUCGGUUUGCAACUUGAAAUCCCUUCAGAUUCUUGACCUAGGGAAUAACCGGUUUAGUGGUGUGCUUCCUCAAUGUUUGGGUAAUUUCAGCAGCAACCUCCAAGUGUUGGAUCUCCGGCUGAAUGGCUUCCGUGGAAACAUUCCUGCAACAUUCGAGCAAAAUAACGACUUAAGGAGUCUGAACAUGAACAGCAAUCGACUGCAAGGCUCAAUUCCCUGGGAUUUGGUAAACUGUAGGAAACUGGAAGUUUUAAAUUUGGGAAACAACAUGCUAACGGGAACAUUCCCUCACUGGGUUGAUACGCUUCCAGAGCUUCAAGUUCUGGUCUUGCGAGGUAAUAAACUCAAGGGAACUUUAGACAACUCCAACAACAAAAAGCCGUUUCCAAAGAUGCGAAUUCUUGACCUGUCCAGCAAUGAAUUCAGUGGGAAUUUGCCGAAAAAUUACUUCAAGAACUUUAAAGCAAUGAUGGGCGUUAAUGGAGACUCAUCUGGACCACUGUACAUGGGACGAAAUUCGUCGAUGUCCAUGUAUCAAGACAAAUUGGUGCUGGUGGUGAAGGGAUCGAGACGCGAACUGGAGAGAAUCCUUGUCGUCUACACCACAAUAGAUCUUUCGGUUAAUAAAUUCCAAGGAAAAAUUCCGGAUACCAUCGGAAGAUUAAGUUCACUCCUGUUCCUGAAUCUAUCCCAUAACAGUCUCACGGGAGGAAUUCCGAUACACCUGAGAGAUCUUAGAGUGCUGGAGUCUUUAGAUCUCUCAUCGAACAAGAUGGUAGGUAAAAUUCCUGUAGAACUAAGGGCUUUGACGUUCCUUUCGGUCGUAAACUUUUCCCAAAAUCAGUUUCAAGGAAGCAUACCUGACGGCGGACAGUUUAAUACGUUUGGGAACAAUUCAUAUGAAGGGAACAUGGGGUUAUGUGGAUUCCCUUUGACAAAGAGCUGUGGAGAUGAUGAGGUGUCAUCAUCUCCGAUACCGAUUGAAGAUGAUGAUGAUGAUGAUGACGACUCUGGUUUCUUUAAUGGAUUUACUUGGAAAUCUGUGGCUUUGGGAUAUGGAUUUGGGAGUGUAAUUGGAUUGGGUAUCGGAUGGCUUAUGUUUCACUAUGGAAGGCCUAGAUGGGUUAUUAUGAUUGUGGAAAGAGAACGAUUUAGACAAGAAAGAAAAGCAAUAAAGACUCCUCAGGUAACCAGUAGAGCUUUCAGACGGAAAAAGCUUUCUCAAGUUUCUGAUGUAAAUUUUACAAUGUCUUUUUGA